AGUCAUGUACACUUAAUCGAUCGGUGAACACGCCUAAAGUUCAAUUUUAGUUGGUUAACAAAAGCAUUUUAAGAAGCAUGAAUUUAACAAAAUCAGCUACGUUAGCUGCAGCGAUUUUUUGUAUCGUUUUGAGCCAAGUUUCUGGCCAGUCGCAAGAUGAAGCCACAACGACGAAGCCAGAAACCCCAAAGGAAAUAAUCAAAGUAAAGGAAAGCAAACUUUGUAAGAAAUGCGAUUGUUAUAUCGACAGCAACUUACUGGAUUGCUCUGAAAAACUGCAAGACUGGUUAUCUGCAGAGGACUGGGAAGUGCUGACCAACGGAGAUGUUGUGUUCAAAACUAUAAAUCUGGAGCACAACAACCUGACUACCGUGCCAAUCCUACCGAAAUACGAUGUAGAGAACUUGUACUUGGCCAACAACCAAAUAGAUUCCAUUGCGGUGGGAGCUUUUCAGAAUUUAACCGAACUAAUCACACUCGAUUUGUCGCAUAACCAAUUGACUUCAAAAGUUCUAGUACCGGAUGUUUUCAAAGGUCCCUACACUGAACACGAUUUUGCGGCGUUGUUAAAGCUGAAGACCCUCAACUUGGGAUACAACGAUCUGCAUAGCUUGGAUGCAGAUCUGUUUGAACACAUUCCCAACAUAGAGGAACUCGUUCUCUGCUCAAAUAGUUUUCACGUCAUCGAUCGACUUUCAGAAACAGCCAUUUCCGGUUUGUCAUCAUUAAAGAUCUUGGAUGUCUCUUACAUGGAAAUUGAUGACUUACCGGAUACUAUUCUACAUGGUCCACGAGAUCUUGAAAUCCUUAUAGCAGCUGGAAAUCUGUUUAAUCAGUUACCAAAGGCCCUGAAACGUGCGACGAACUUGACCAGCCUGGUUUUGAAUGAAAACCCCAUCGAAAGUCUGAUCGGAGACAACGUCUUUCCACCUUUGACCAAACUGACACACCUGAGUAUGACUUUUAUGUCCAAGAUGUACAAAAUUGGGUCAGGCGCAUUUAGUGAACUGCAAAGCUUAACCGAACUAAUAUUGUCCGAUAACAAGCUGCUAAACGAAAUUGAUGAGGAGGCUUUAUCCAAGAACGUAACUGGAGGCCAGUACUUGGACUAUCCGCCAUUGGAAAAGGUUUACUUGAAUAAUUGCAACGUAUCGACUCUGCCGAAACAACUACUAGUGCGAUGGGAUAAACUUAAGGCUCUGGAUCUGAGAUUCAACCCGUGGAAUUGCGACAAUUCCAAUGACUACUUGAUCAACGUUUUAAUAGACCAAGUCAACAAGACCACGCCCAUUCUGGCCAAAGAUGUCCAGUGCGGCAGCCCAACCAAGUUAAAGGACGUUACGGUGCUCAGAGUGGCGAAUGAACACAUGGUAGAAAGUUCGACGGGCAGUCUUAUAUGGAUUGGACUCCUGGUUGUUCUGCUCAUCGCCGUGCCAACCAUCGUUGGCGCCUACGUGAUGAAGAGGCGCGGCUGCUUUGGCGUCUUCAGGCGCCAUGACAGCGGUGCUAGCAGUGCUCUCUAUAAUAGGACUAGUUUCAAUGAGGAUUUCCAUAUUUAACUUUCUUUUUGUAUUAUAAUGAAAGCCUUAAACGACGUGUUUAAAUUGGAUGUAAAUACACUUAAAUAAAUCAAUAAAUUAGGUAAAUUCUGUUUUA